AUGGCAGUGUCCGACCAAGAUCGCGUGACGCACAUUGUGCUCUUUCGCUACCACCCGUCCGUUCCAUGGACUGACCUCGAGCACCACUUUGCAGAACUGGGCAAGCUGAAGUCAACAUGUCUCAAGCCCGCCGGGACAGGAAAGCCAUACAUGCUAUCCAUGCAGAUGGGCAAGAACACUAGUUGGGAGAACUUUGGCAAAGGCAUGACCCAUGCCAUUGUUCUUGCAUUCGCCAGUGUCGAAGACCGAGAUUACUACCUGCUAGAGGAUCCUGUGCAUCGCGCCUUCAGUGUCAAUGCUGCGCCGCUAAUUGAGGAUUCAGUGGUUGUUGGUGAGGCCGCCCGCCGAUGUUCUGCCCUCUUCUCCGGGGGGGUCCUGAUACUGACAUUAUAUACACUGUCAGAUUUUGUCAACGGGUCGUUACUCGGCCCUUCCUCUCCUCCGGAGACUGACAAGUAUAAGUCUUACCCAGGGUCGUGCCAUUGCGGCGCCGUCAGCUUCAGCAUCCGCUCGCCUGUCGGAAACCCGCCCACACAUAUCGCCUGCCACUGCGACACAUGCAAAAGGAUUUCUGGAGCCCCCUAUACAUGCAACUACAUCAUUCCGAUCGAAGACUUUGCCAUAUCCCAGGGAAGUAACCGGCUGAAAAUGUACGAAUACCAAGGCGCGAGCGGCAAGAAUGUCUCGUGCUAUUAUUGUGACAACUGCACGAGCCACAUCUAUCACGUCCAACAGAGGGACCCCAGCAAAGCAAUUGUGAGAACACUGCUGCUCGAUUGCGGCAAUGUCAUGGGUGUCAGUGGAGAGAUCUUCCGGGAAGGGGCGUUGGGAUGGGUGGGAGAUUUGCGAGCUGCUCUCCAGGCUUAG